AUGGCUUCCAACUACGACCGUCCAUACCACCCAACCUCCAAGCCAUCCAAGCCCUCUCUCUUUCCCUGGAAAAAACCCAACGUCUACACCUUACCCGUCCUCCUCUUCCUCUGCAUCUGCUCCUACUUCUUCGGCCUCUGGCAACACGGCGGCACCUCCACGCCCACCUUCAAACUCCCAUGCAAAUCCUCCAAUCAAAUCACCACCACAUCAACCACACAAUCUCCAACACUAGAUUUCUCCUCCCACCACACCCCCAACCUCACCGCCGCCACGUCAUCGCACGCCGUCGAACCCAAAGCUUACCCUCCCUGCGACUUGAAGUUCAGCGAGUACACGCCGUGCGAGGAUGCGAAGAGGUCUUUGAAAUUCGAUCGUGACAGGCUCAUAUACAGAGAGAGGCAUUGUCCCGAGAAGAACGAGCUGCUCAAAUGCCGCGUGCCGGCACCGCACGGCUACAAGACGGUGUUCUCGUGGCCGAUGAGCCGGGAUCUGGCGUGGUACGCCAAUGUGCCGCACAAGGAGCUGACGGUGGAGAAGGCGGUCCAGAAUUGGAUCAUUUACGAAGGCGACCGGAACCGGCUCAGAUUCCCUGGCGGCGGCACCAUGUUUCCUAAUGGUGCGGACGCGUACAUUGACGAUAUCGGGAAAUUGAUCAACCUCAAAGACGGGUCUAUUCGGACCGCCAUUGAUACAGGCUGUGGGGUUGCCAGUUGGGGAGCUUACCUAUUGUCCCGAAACAUCCUCACGAUGUCAUUCGCGCCAAGAGACACACACGUAUCACAAGUCCAGUUUGCUCUGGAGCGAGGUGUACCCGCACUCAUCGGAGUCAUUGCGUCGAAAAGACUACCUUACCCUUCUAGGGCCUUUGAUAUGGCCCAUUGCUCUCGCUGCCUCAUUCCUUGGGGCCAACAUGAUGGGGUUUACUUGACUGAGGUUGAUAGAGUUCUGCGCCCUGGCGGGUACUGGAUUCUGUCAGGCCCACCAAUCCGCUGGCAAAAAUACUGGAAGGGCUGGGAAAGAACUAAAGAGGAUUUGAAUGCCGAGCAGACUUCCAUAGAGGAUGUAGCCAAGAGCCUUUGCUGGAAAAAGUUGGUGGAGAAGGAUGACAUUGCAAUUUGGCAAAAACCCACCAACCAUUUAACUUGCCAAAACAAUCGCAAGCUUGGAAAGAGCCGCAACUUCUGCCCUGCUAAUGAUCCUGAUAAGGCCUGGUACACAAAGUUGGAUACUUGUUUGACCCCAUUGCCAGAAGUUUCAGACAAUGAACAAGUUGCAGGUGGGAAAUUGGCAAAAUGGCCACAGAGACUUAAUGCAAUCCCACCAAGAAUUAAUAAGGGAACCGUGAAGGGAGUGACGGCAGAAGUUUUCAAACAAGAUUCAGAGAUAUGGAAGAAGAGAGUUUCGUAUUACAAAUCGGUGAACAAUCAGCUUGGGAACCCUGGAAGGUACAGAAACCUUUUGGAUAUGAAUGCAUACUUGGGUGGAUUUGCUGCUGCCCUGGUUGAUCUGCCUGUGUGGGUCAUGAAUGUGGUUCCUGUCGAUGUCAAGGCCAACACACUUGGAGUCAUCUACGAACGGGGAUUGAUUGGAACAUAUCAGAAUUGGUGUGAGGCAAUGUCUACAUAUCCAAGAACUUAUGACCUCAUUCAUGCAGAUUCAGUGUUUACCCUCUACGAGGAUAGAUGCGAAAUGGAUGACAUUUUGCUGGAGAUGGACAGAAUUCUUAGGCCGGAGGGGAGCGUGAUCAUUCGAGACGAUGUCGAUAUGUUGGUGAAGAUCAAGAGCAUCAUUGAUGCAAUGGAGUGGGAUAGUCAAAUUGUGGACCAUGAAGACGGUCCUCAUGAGAGGGAAAAAUUGCUAUUUGCAGUGAAAAAGUACUGGACAGCUCCUGCUGCACCUGAAGAUGAAGAGGCAUCUUCCUAG